AUGACAGCCAUCCGACUACGAGAAUUUGUAGAGCGUCGCCCAACGGUUCCACCUAGUAUAUUUAUCUGUCACCAAGGAAGGGACAUCAGAGGCUAUUACCCUGGGCAACUGGCAAGACUCCAUUUUGACUACAGCGUGAAGAGGGCUCCAAGACCCCUUAUAGACUUGGCAAUUCCACCCAAGAGCAAAACUCCGUACCAGCCUCAAUUAGACCAGCAAACACUCAUUCGAUACAUUUGUUUUGGAAAAUUGUCAAGGCCUACAGGCACGUGGUAUAAUGAAACAACUUACCAAAGAGCCUACUCCCUGCCAUUUUAUGAGAUUGGUUUGGAUCAGAAAAUAGGCAUACUUUCAUCAAAUCCUAGACCUCUUAAUUCACUACCAGAAGUCUACUGCUGUGACGAGAGAAGUGGCUUUGCAAGAAACACCUUUUAA